AUCUAUUAAUAAAUUCCAUUUUAUGACUAAUAUCAAACUUUUAGUCUAAUUCUUUACGACAAUCAAUACUGAAUGGUAAAGUCUUAUGACAAUACAUUGGCCAAUAUACUUCUUAUUCUGCGUCAGACGUUACGUGAUCACAUCUACGUAUUUAGUACUCUGUUUGAAUUUGUACGCGUACAGUUUGUGAACAUGAACCUAAGCGAGAUAAGAAAUGUGAGCGAUACGAACGGGACCAUUACAAACCUGGAGUUCAAUCUAGAUUCCAUGAUUACUAAUUCAGCACUGUUUCUCCUGGCUAUAAUACCUAUUUAUAUAGGUUCUUUCCGUUCGAUAACUAGUAAGAAGUCAACUGAUGAGAUAGAAGUUGUAUCGGGUAAAGAUGCAGCACUGUUUCCAUUUCUCGCCAGUGCUGCACUUUUCGGGAUUUACGUCGUCUUUAAGUUCAUUCCUAUUCAGUACAUCAACUCCGUUAUGAAGUUAUAUUUCUCUUUUAUGGGUGCUUGUGCAAUAUCCCGGUUCCUGUCACCCAUCUUUCGCCCGUAUAUGCCGGGUUGUGUAAAAAAUAUGCGGUUCAAGUUUGAGUUUUCAAGAAGUUUAGAGAACUCAGGUGGUUCCGAAUCUCAAUGGAACUUAUUGGACAACUAUGAUUUUUCAGUCGAGUCGAAGGAUUUCAUAGGCACUGGCAUCGGUAUUUUGCUUGGCACUUGGUACUAUUUUUCAGGACAUUGGAUUGCGAACAAUUUUAUUGCAGUGACAGUUGCUAUUUUGGCCAUCGAAUUCAUAAGGUUGAAUAAGUUCGUAAAUGGCAUAUUACUUCUUUGCGGACUGUUCGUAUAUGAUAUAUUUUGGGUGUUUGGAACUGGUGUCAUGAUGGCUGUCGCAAAAAACCUAGAUAUUCCAAUCAAAGUUACUUUUCCGCGUGAUUUUCUUUCACAUGGAUUAUUCGGCAAACAGUUAGCUUUGCUUGGUCUUGGUGAUAUAGUUGUUCCAGGAAUAUUUAUCGCCAUGCUUCUUAGGUUCGAUACAAAACUUGGACGCAAUAAUAGUCAUGCUUACUUCUACUCCGGAUACGCAGCCUAUAUCGUUGCUAUCAUAAUGACUUUCGUAAUGAUGCACGUAUUCAAACACGCUCAGCCGGCUUUACUUUACCUGGUACCUGCUUGUUUGGGUGCACCAUUGCUUAUGGCUUUAGUGAAAAAUGAUCUUAGUGCAAUGUUCAAAUGCACAUAGUCAGUCAUACGACGGUGUAGGCUACUUAUGUUGACAGAUAUAAGUAGUAUAUAGCAGCAGUCGGAAGUAAAAUGCCUGCCAGUAGAAGAUUGAAUUGAAGAGAACAUGAAGGGAAACGGAGAGCAAUUGUGAUUACAACAGGAUUAGAGGGAUAAUGGAGUGUAGAAAGGAUAACGCAAAGAAGAUGCGCAAAUGAUGUAUUUCACAUUUUACUAAGCCACUGUGUAAUUUUGCAUCAAACAAUAAAUUGGUUUUCCCAACAUGAAUUCUCGUUCACUACAGUAAUGUGUAGCCACUUGUCUAGGAAAUGUUGGUGAGCAAAAAAGAUAAAAUGUGAAUGUAUUUGACACUAAAUUCAACAUAUUUCAAGGUAUAUCUUCUGGUGUCUUUACUUCCUAAUUUUAAACAUUAUACCUAUGUAGCGAAAGUAAAAAUAAAUGGAUAAUUAGUGCAUUUAAUGAAUGUUAGUUUUAGGAACUUGAUUGCAUUGACUUUUAUUCACAAUGGAAUAAUGUUCUGUUAUCACUGAUAAUGACUCUGUCAUCUCUAUACAGAUAGCAAACUUAAUUGAUUUAUCUACACAAUUUAUGCACAAUAUACUGCUUAAAAAUGUAAAAUAUUAAGUCAUUAAUAUCGGCUAAUUAAGCAGGCACAUAAUACAAGUUAAUAAGUAAUCUGAUGGUGAUGUUUGUGUAUAUGUGACUAUCACCAUAUGCACAAGAUAUUUAUUUGUUCUAGCAAAAACUAAGCUAAGGUCAUCAGUUGUUAAACCAUAAAUCUAAUUAUACAUUUCCAAAAAUCGAUAUAGUGGAAUGAUUGAAAUGCUCGUUUUCUGACAUUUAAAUUUAGUAAGAUAUUUUCUACAUUUUUGUCUUAAUCUUCUCGUUGGUUUGUUUAAAUCGUUGCUUACUUUAUCUUAUUUUAACGUGAGGAACUGCUACACCUCGGAAGUGUAUUUAUAUAACCUAAGUUCUUUUUUGUAUACAUGUGUCAGAACUACCUGAAUUAAGUACUAAGUAGGAAUUAUCUCUAAAGCUGUUAUUUUUUAAUAAUUAAUAUGAAUAACCACGCAAGUUAGAUUAAAUCAUCAUCGAAACCUCAGUCAGUUGUUAACAAUGUAGAUCCUGGAACAAAUAUGCAUUGGUCUAAGAUGCCAUAUCACGUUAACACAUUGAGAUGAAAUUAACACGAGGAUACAAUAUAUAAUAAUUUAGUAGUAAACAUAACGAGAAGGAUUAAGCAUUAAUAAUAUUCGGGACAAAAGACAAUAGUAUGUAAGAAGGGAUACUAAAACUUGAGAUCGAAAAGAUGAAAAGUAAAUGCACGCUAACGUAUGCUAAGCCAGAUCACCCGACUUCUGAUCGAAAUAUAUUUAUGAGGCAUAAUCCAUAAGAUGUAUAGUCAUCAACUCUAAUUGGAUUAUAUUAUUAUUUUCAAAAUAUGGUAGACUAGUUUAUUCAAUUUUUUUUCUAGCUAUGAAGAUGAACCGGAAGCUGAGAAGAAAAUUCAGGAGGCUGAUGUGUCAAACAAAUCUAAGAAAAGUAAAUAACAAUAUCAACCUUUGGGGUGGGGGCAAUUGACCGAUUUUAUCAUCUUAAUCUGUCCAUAUAUAACUUAUGUACACAAAUAUAUUUAUUUCUACAGUGUUAAGUGUGUAACGUUUGUGCUACGUGCUGACUGUUUGUUUUGUUUUCUGUAAAAUAAUGUUGUUGGCGAAAAACCCUAACAUAACUUGUUCGUUUGACAUUUGUUUUAACCUUGUCGCUUUGCUAAUAAAGCUGUUACGCUGUCUGUUUAUUUUGUGACAUCAAUAUCCAAAGUCUAAACAUAAAAAGUGAAAUACCAAAAUAUGUGAACAUUAUUGGCAAGCAAUCAAGGUUACUUCUUCAGAUCAUCAUUUUCAUUUUAUGAAUACAUAUUUAAAAUAAUAUCCUGAUUGUUUUGACAGUGCUAAUAAUAAAUUCCGUUCUAAAUUAUACUUUACUUU